UCGUUUCGCCCAGUAUCGAAUUUAUAGAAUAUCAGUUGUAAUACCUAAACAAUUACUUACUGUCUAGGAAGCAUGUCAGUUGACAUCGGUAUUGGAUGGGUUGAUUCUGGUAGAAUUCAUUUCCAAGAUCGUUAUGGCGUUAAUAUUUCAACAACCUCUAUUGAUAAUACGACCUUCGAUUGGUUCCCGUUGAACGGUAAAGAGAAACGUGGUUGGACAGCAAUACAAAUCAAACGAAAACUAGACACAUGUGACCCAAUGGAUAUUCCAAUUAGGUCAGGCACACAAAUCAUUGUAUAUGCAUAUGCUCGAAAUGAUCCAGAAAAUAAUCAGAUCAACUUUUACGAUUCAAAAAUAGGCACUCGCGCUCUGCCAUUACGUCCGCCGGAUGAAGAGAAGUUUAACGGGCUCGAUUACAUUGACUAUAACAUGACAAAUGUAAGUUCAUUAAAAUGUUUAACUGAAACACAAUUGUUUACGAAAACACAAUAUAUAGAAAGCCAAAAUAUUUGUACUUGUUUCAUUGGAAAUCGGGACCAACGUUUUUGGUGCAAGCGCACAGUCGAACAAGAGAAAAAUAAAUUGUUAUGAGAAUGUUUUUUUUCUACACAUUCUCGGCAAAAAAUAUAAACAAGGCGCAAUAUUUUCUUUGUUAGUGAGCUAGAACAGUUCAACUUUUAUCUGGAAUAUUUUUCAAACUUAAGAUCGAUACGCGGUAAUAUCUUUUAUGCGCGCAAGAACGCAAAAUCAAAAAACUUUUACUAGUAACUACAAGUAAUUUUGUACGUAAACGCACAGAGCAUAGCUCUCCGGCGUUCACAUAUUAGUGGGAACAUCUUUAAAUGCUUUGUGAGACAAAUGAAUUACUAUUGUCAAAACUCAUAAAAAUACUUUAAACAUGUUUUAUGCGUAAAUGUGUGUACAGAUUUUUAUGUAAAUUAAAGAAAAUUAUUACGCAUAAAAUGCUGC